UCAGAAAGUUGCUUAAGAAAAUGAGAACAUAUUACAUUCGUGUUCAGUAGUACUUCUCACAAUUUACUCAUGUAGUGUGUAAUAUCAAACUGUUAAUCUGUGCACCAGGUUUGGACAUUUUCCUGCAGGUUACAUCGCUGUACCAGUAGAUGGCGACAAAGUCUUAAUGAAUCUAACCAGUCUUUAUGAAUGAUUCAUUGAAUUAUUCAUUAAACCCAUUCUUCUGAUUUGAAGUACUGCUAUUCAUAUACCAUAGUACAAAAGGUGCACAUGUGGUUAAUUGUCUAAAAUUCAGAAAAUAAUUAAUUUGAAAGAAUUAAUUGGUAACCCUGCUGGAAUUCUAAUGGUUUCCACUAGAAAUACCAUUACAAAAAUUACAAACCAUCAAAUUUUAACUAUUAAGUCCAUUAAAAAUGGUGUUCUGUAGUUUGUUUUGGGACAUACUCCAUUUGGAUUUAAUGGUUUUAACAAGCCACCAGCAACCAAUUACCAGUAGAGACCAUUAAAACCAGUACAAUUCCCAUAAUAACCAGUAACACCAUUACAAAUUAUGUGGAAAAUUCUAUAGGAAUUUCCAUUACUUACGUGUGUUUAUUUUGGUAUAUUUAUUAUUUUAAAUCUAGAAAUCACAAUGACUGGUUUUCCAUUAUCGUAGAAACCUUUAAUAAAAAAGCCCCCCUACAAAAGAAAAGAGUAGGUAUUGUUGCCUACUAUAAUUAGUCUACACAAUAUUUUGUUACCACUGUAAAGCCAGCAACAUUAUAGUAUGAACCACAGUGAAACGAAACAAAUAAAUAAACUUUAAAAGCUCAAUCCCAUAUGAAUCUAUUCUUAAGGGUUCUACAAAUAGUAACUAUUAAAUUUAGGCGGCAACUCCCGUUGUUAUGGCAACACAUUGUGUGUAGCUGUCGAUCCCAGGUGAAUCCUGCUGAUAUCGCUGAUGGGAUUGAACUGAUGGAGGGAGGCAGGCGCGCGCGCUCGCGUUCUGCAGGGAGGGGGAGAGAAGCAAAAAGGGGGAUCGUUCUCCCGGUCAUAUAACGCGACAUCUCUCUUUCCUCCUCUCCGCUGGCGACAUAAGCGACGCGUAACCGACACCCCGUGCUCCUCUCCCAAACCAAAGGCGCUUUUUGCUUUGCUAUGCGGAACCAAGAGCCAUGAAAAUGCUUCGAUUCCGGAGUCCGAGCAUCUCCUCCCUCACGCAGGAGGUCCAGUGCACGGUUCGGCUGCUCGACGACUCCGAGAUCUCGUGCAGCAUCCAGAGAGACACUAAAGGGCAGUUUCUCUUGGAUCACGUGUGUAAUCACUACAGCCUGCUGGAGAAGGAUUACUUUGGCAUCAGAUAUGUGGAUCCAGAGAAACAAAGGCAUUGGUUGGACCCGAGCAAACCGGUUGUGAAACAGAUGAAGUGUCAGCAGCCGUACACUAUGUGCUUCAGGGUGAAGUUCUACCCGCAGGAGCCAAUCAAGAUCAAGGAAGAGCUGACAAGGUAUCUUCUGUACCUGCAGUUGAAGAGAGACGUGUACCACGGUAGGCUGUUAUGUCCGUUCGCUGAUGCUGCGUAUCUUGGAGCCUGUAUAGUACAGGCUGAGCUUGGGGACUACGAUCCUGAAGAACAUCCAGCAGACUACAUCAGCGACUUCAAGCUCUUCCCCAAACAGUCACUCAAGCUAGAGCGCAAGAUCAUGGAGAUCCAUCAGAAUGAGCUGAGGGGACAGUGUCCUGCCCUUGCAGAGUUAAAUCUUCUUCAGAGGGCUCACACACUGGACACAUAUGGAGUCGACCCACACCCCUGCAAGGAUUUCACAGGAUCCACAGCCUUCCUGGGAUUCACUGCAAGAGGGUUUGUGGUUUUCCAGGGAAAUAAGAGGAUCCACCUUUUAAAAUGGGCAGAUGUCAGCAAAUUUAAGUUUGAAGGCAAAACGUUUUAUGUGAUUGGAGUGCAAAGAGAGAAGAAACUGGUUCUUACGUUCCACACCUCCACACCAGCAGCCUGCAAACACCUGUGGAAAUGUGCCGUGGAAAACCAGGCUUUUUACAAAUGUGCAAAGUCCAGUCAGAUCAAAACUGUGUCCAGCAGCAGUAUAUUUUUCAAGGGAAGCAGAUUUCGCUACAGUGGUCGGGUGGCUAAAGAAGUCAUUGAAGCCAGUUCAAAGAUUCAGAGAGAACCUCCUGUUGUACACAGGUCUCAGUUUGGUCAAAGCAGAAGCUUUACUUCUCUCAGUCAUAAACAACUGAUAAUGAACAUGGAGCCUCUUCUACCAGCACUGAGCUCCAGCAGGGAAAACAGAGACUCCUCAGCAGACAACGGACUGUCGGCUUUGAAAGACUCAGUUCAUCUGUCCCCGCUGAAACCGUCGGUCACUCCUGAGGAGGUGGAGAUGGAGGAGAGGGAAAACCACGUUCAGGAAAGACGUGAAGACGAAGCAGCCAACAGGACGAGAGUGGAUGAGGAAAGGAGAGAGAUACACGUCGACAAUGAAGAUGAAGCAUGCUCUGCUCUCACCAUAUCUGACACCGCGUACAGCCCGUGUGCCAGCAUGGUGCCGACACCGGUGGAGGAGAGCCAGGGCGGCCUAGACCUGCUGUUUCAGAGUCCUGCUCGCCUGCUGAAGGAGCUGCACGCUGACCCAGAAAUGCAGGUGGAGCUCCAGGCCGAGAGGGAGAGGGAACUUGCCAGAGAGGCGUAUCGUCAGUCGCUGUGCAACCCGUCGAGUGGACGGCAACAGAUGCAGGCCUGUCUGCGCAGUGCCGCCCGUCUUGUGGUGAUGGCCACGGGUCUCCUCAUGAUUCUUCUUCCCCUCCUCCUCGUGCUGCUGGAGUCAGACCUGGACAUCUCGUUCUUGCAUGACAUCCGGCAGACGCCCGAGUUUGAGCAGUUCCACUACGAGUACUACUGCCCCCUGCGCCGCUGGUUCCUCUGCAAACUGGAACUCAUGACGGAGCAGCUCUGGGGCGACUGAGGGGGACUACAGGGAACGGGGGGGCGGGAAUAUAAUGGACCGGACAGGUUUGCUCUCCUACAUCACAUGAUUUAUUCAUUCACACCCUUCCCGGAUAACGCCGAUACAUUCUCGUAGCAGUACCGGAGGCAGUUUCCUAGCAGUAGCGCUGUAGUUGUCUAGUGUUUUAGCCAUAGCGUUAGACAGCGGACAGCAGCACGGGCCUUUAAAUGGUGACGAGCACAGCUUUGGUAGAAAUGCUUUGGAACAUCAUACAUUUCAACAUUAACAAUGGAUAUGUAUGCUUUUUCAAUAUUUACAUUCAUUUCAUCUGCCUGUUUUCAUAAACCUGAAAAAGUGUGUCAAUCAGGGUCCAAAAUUAACUUUUUAUUGUUUCUUGAGCAGCAAAUCAGCAUACUGAAAUGAUUUCUGACUGGAGUAAUGAUGCUGAAAAUUCAGCUUUGACAUCACAGGAAUAAAUGACAUUUUAAAAUGUAUUGUAAUGGACAAAAGCUACUUUAAAUUGUAAUAACAUUUCACAGUAUUACUGUUUUACUGUGUUUUAAUCAAGUAAAUGCAGUUUUAGCCAUAUGAGUCAAUGUUUUUACAAAAGGAAUCAAUUCUUUUUAAUUCUUUUAAUCAAUUGUUUUGCUGGCUUAAUUUUGGACCCUGAUGCUGGUUUGAGUGUGAAAUCCUGUAUAAACUCAUAUGAAGAGUCCAUUUCAAAUGAUUUGAUGUCCUGAUGACUCAGUCGACCUCCAUAACAACACAAAUAAUGCACGCCAAAAUGUAGAAGAGGCACAGGCAAGUAAUGAGCUCAGACCCGCUUCCCUAAAUCAAGACUUAUUUUCUUAAAACUCAAAUCGCAGCCAUUAAGACGAGCAGAUUCUGACCUCAUAACACUGUAUUGGAAUAAAUUGCUGCCUCUCGCAGAGCAACACAUAGAUAUGACAAAGAGGGCAAGCUAUACAUGCUAAAACUUAAUAUCUGUUUUUAAAAAUUUUAUACAUUUUUAUGUGACGCUUACAGUUACUUAUAUUUUUCAGCAAAAAAAAAAAAAAAGCUUAAGUUAUCUUAUUUAAACUGAUUUACACAAAAAUGUAGGUGGUAUAGAAGUGAAAUAUUUUUAUUAUCACCAACAAUUUACCUUAAAAUGCUGUGCUGUGUUUUUUAUAUAGAAUAGCACAAACUAUAAAACAUUUUUUUUCCUCAGAUUUUCAGAUGUCAUGAGCAGAUGUAACAGCAGGUUGCUAGUACAUUUGAGAGGCUCUUUUGAAACUGAUCACUGUAAUCACACAACAUACAUAAACACAAAAUACAUAACCGAAAUGCAUGAAAAUGCCACAAAUCCAAAUAUUACAUACUGAAAGAACCUAAAUAUUGUGUCAAUAUCAUUAUGGGGAAGUCAAAAGAUUGAACGUAUUCAAACUAUGAAAUUGCAGAUAAUGAAAUAUAGUUUACAAACUAAGUCCAUUCGGCCCAAAAAAGUUGUCAAUGGAAAAGUUAUUUCAUUUGCACACCUAGCUUUUCUUUAUAGAUAUUAAUUUAUUUUUAAUGCAGGCUAUUUUGUAUGGAAGAUUGUUUCCUCCACAGGAUAAAAUAAAUAAAAAGCCAACUGCAACUUUUUACUUACUUUUCUGACUUGUUUAUAUAAACUCAGAAUUGCAAAUGAGAUAAACUCUGAAUUGUCUGAGAGUCUGAAAGAGUCUGAAUUGUGAGAUAUAAACUCAAAUUGAGGAAGAAAGAAUCUGAAUAAUAAACUAGGAAAAAGAGUCUGAAUUAAGAGAUACAAAUUCACAAAUUUGAAUAAAAAGAGUCUAAAUUAUAAGAUAUAAACACAUUUGACAAAAAAGUCUAAAUUGUAAGAUAGAAACUCAGAAAUUUGAGGAAAAGAGUCUGAAUUGUGAGAUAUAAAUUCGCAAAUUUGAAUAAAAAGUCUUUUUCUUUUUUUUUAUAAGAUAUAAACAAAUUUGAUAAAAGGAUUCUGAAUUGUGAGAUAAAUUCACAAAUUGAGGGAAAAAAGUCUGAAUUGUAAGGUAUAAACUCAGAAAUUUAAGGAAAAGAGUCUGAACUGUGAUAUAUAAACUCGCAAAUUUGAGGAAAAUGAGUCUGGAUUAUAAACACUUUUUUUUUUUUUUAAAGUCUGAAUUGUGAGACAUUAAUUUGCAAAAGUUAGUUUGCAAAAGUCAGAAUUAUAAGAUAUAAACAAAUUUGAAGAGUCUGAAUUAUGAGAUAUAAACUCACAAAUUUGAGGAAAAAAGUCUGAAUUUGUGAGACAUAAAUUUGCAAUUGUGAGAAGAAAAGUCCAAACUGUGAUAUACACUUGCAAAUUCAAGGAAAAUAGUCUGAAUUGUCAGACAUAAACUUGCAAAUUUGAGAAAAAUGUCUGAAUUACGAUAAACUCACAAAUUUGAAAUGUUUUAUUUAUUGGUGAAAAAAAAACCUGUACAAUAUUGCAAAAUGUUAAUUAAAAAUUCUGAGGAAAAAAAACCCUGAAUUGCAAGGUAUAAACACCAUUAUUUAUUUAUUUAUAUUAAUUCUGUGGUAGAAAAAAAAAUCAUCGAUAAUCAGUGAGAGGUUUUAGUCAUUCGUGCAAACAAUUUUUUUUCUCUUUUGAUUGAAUUGAUUAAAUCAUGGAAAUGAUUUGUUCCGGUUUAACUUCCCUUUGGAUCUCAUGUUCACAGCGCAGCACAUUAACUAAUCAAAUUAACGCGGCUACUUGUGAUGCAAAUCUGAUGUGACGUCACAUCUGUUGCUGAGGUGAUAGCAAAAGGGCUAAUGACACAAUUCUGUCAAUGCAUCACACUGUAGUUUGAAUCCAGUUCAACGUGAACCCCGAUCUCUGAUAUUUACCGUCUAACAGCAGGUGGCGCUCUCAGGAACGAAUGUCAAAUACAGAAGGAUCUUUAAAAAAGCUCUUUAUUUUCUGAUAAAAAAAGAAAACAAAACAAAUAUGCAUAUUAGCAUACAGGCAUUUAUAUGGCUACAUUACCAUAAAGUAAAUAUUUGAUUGCUAUUGUAUGUUAUUUGUGGCUCAUUGUGUGGUUGAUAUUCAUACUGACUCAUUUAUUCACCAAUACAAUAUGUGCAUCAGAAUCAGAAUAACACCAACAUACUGCAUACGCUUGUGAUUCAGUAUUCAUCACUGUAAAUUAACAGCUCUUUUUCUGAUAUAUCAUGAAUAUAUUUUUUUUGUUUUGUUUUGUUUUUUAAUUGCAUACUGUUUACACUACCAGUCAAAAACUUGGACACACUUAAUUUGAAUUUAUGUCAUGAUCAGUUAAUCAAUAUGCAAAAUUACCACAAAUGUAUAUAGAAUAAUAAUAAUAAUUCAUACUGAUAUUUCAUUAAUAUUUGAAAAAUAUACAUUUUGGGUUUAUAUCAAGUAUCUUUAACUACUACGUAUUCAAAUUUAUUUGAAUCUUGUGAUACAAUGCACUUAUAACAUAUAUACAGUAUGUAUACAUAUAUAUAUAUGUAUAUAUAUAUGCAACCAAUAGUAAAUGAAAAUAAGCUGAAAUAUACAUUUGAUUUGCCAUGCUACAAUUGGUCACUACUAAAUAACUGUUAUAUUUACAUUUUAUUAACAGAGAAGAAAAAGUGUGUCCAGACUUUUCACCGGUAGUUUAAACAUCCACAUACACUGAAUAUAGAUAUGUGCAUUAAAAAACUGACUGGUUCUGUUUGAGUUUCACUCUUCUGCAUGUGUAUAACGUCUGUAAAUACUGUGAAAAAAAAAGAAAACGUCAUUCUCAUUUCUCACAUGUCUGACCUCAUGUAUCCAGCUAGCUCAUCUAAGUCUUAUUUCUAUAUGAUCAUAGGACUAUGAAAAGGACAUGAAGGCUUUUUUUUUUUCUUUUGUGUCGUGUUCAGGUUUCUCUGGACUUUCAGCUCAGGGUUGAGUCAUAUUUAUUGAUGGAUUCAUAAAGAAGCCAAUAACAUAAAUACAACAUUAAUGCUUAGUUCUGAUGCUGCUGUCAAUGUCGUAGCUCUCAUUGUAAUAAAAACAUGACAUGUGUGGACAAUGUAGAUAAUAGAUAGUCAUGCUUUGUGCUUUAAUGUGUGUUAUCAUGACCAAUGAAAGCAGAGAAGCAGUGGCCACAUUCAAUCAAACUGCUAUGAAGCCAGUGCUUCAGUGACGGAUAGACUGUGCUCUUCAUUCGCUCAUGACAGGCAAUGGCAGGUUGAUUGAAUUUGCCCAUUAACCUGAACAUCUCUUAUCGUAUAUCGUAGUGUGGCAAAAUAUAGAUGUCCGAACUCAUUUUAAUUGGCUAGAGGGUGAACAUAUUUCAUUUAGCAUUCAGAAAUGUCAUGCACUGAAUUUGUGUUUAUUGUUUUUGUAGCCUUGCUAUUCUGUUGCAUGAUGGGACAACAAAAAUACUUUAACUGAAUCCUUUGUUUUGUCUCAUAUGUUUGGUAGAACUGUGAUUUUAUUUGCCUACAAAGCUGAACACUAAUAGAAAUGGGAAUUAUGUUUUUAAGUUUUUCAUUUUUAUCCCAGCAUUUGUUGACUGAACAACAGUUUUUAUUUUUUCAAACAUCCAUUAUUAAUUAAUCAAUCCUGUUUGGUAAAUUACGAUAUUUCAGCAUUUGUUAAAUGAAGUGUUUCUGGUGAAUUUUUACAAGUCCUGUCAAAAACAUCAUAUCAGGGUCAUAAUUUACCCCAAAAUCAAAAGAAUGUUUUGCUAAAUAUUAAUAUGAAUUAUUAUUGUUAUGAAAAUGACGCCUAUAUAACAUAUUGCGAAAAGAAAAAUGAAAUUGUGCAGUAUUUCUACAUCAUCUCAGUGUUUCUGAUUAAAAAACCUAAACAUUGUUUGUGGACAGCAUGGUUUUCAUUGCUCUCAUUACAGUAAUGUUUAUAUAAUGAGAAUCAUCAUUGAAAAUAAUGAGAAUUACAAACAAACGAAAACAUCCGGCUGCAUUACAGUAAUGAGGGUUUGUGAAGGAAAUGUCCUUAAUUAUCAUGACAAUACUGUCACAGUGCAAAGAAAUCUUGAUGGGUUCAUAAAUAAUGUAAAAUUUAUUGUAUUUUUUUUUUAAUGUGUUUUCAGGAUGAAAUAUGACUUGGAAAAGAAAUUCAGCCCUUUGGAUGACAGUAUAGAGUCUGUUAAUUGUAUAUGCUGUGAUUAAAAUCAAUUGUCUUUUGAAGAAACAACAACAACAAAAAAAAAAAAAAAAAUAGAAAAAGCAACAUUCACUAAUUCUUGUCAUUUACUUUUAGAUCUUGAUCAGCAUUUUGUGUUAAAAACACCCAGAUGAUUCUUACAUAACAUGAAAACCAUCCAUUGCCCUUUAAAAACUGAUAAUUAUAUAGUGAAAAAAGAAAAUAUGCAAAUUGCAAACAUCUGGAAAAUGCUUGUACAUGUUUUGUUUUUGUUUUUUUCUUUAGAGGUUUGAGAUCUUCUUGAGUGUUUGGUGAUUUCACGGCAUAUGUGAAGUGUUUUGUUUGCAUGUUUAGCAGCAUUUUUAAUGUUUCAGUUUAAAACAGUCUGUCAUUUAAUUUCAAAAUACAACUCUGGGAGUAUCAGAAAAAAAAAUCAGUUUCCAGAUUCACUGGGAAUCGCCUUAUUAAAUUUGUAAAGUGAUUUUUGAUUGUUUAUAUGUUCCAAAAAACUGAAUUGUUUUAUAUGUUAGUACUGCCACAAUAAAACUGGAGUGAAAACA